AUGGCCAAUAAAGUGAUUGUCGUUUUGGGCAGCGGCCCGGGUAUCGGUGUUGCCACAGGUGCUCUGUUCGCAUCAAAAGGAUUUGACGUCGCCUUACUCUCCCGCAAUGCUCAGCGUCUACAACAAGAUGUUGCGAGAGUUGAAAAGGCUGGUUCAAACAUUACAGUCCAAGCAUACCCCGUGGAUAUUUCCGACCACGUCGCUCUCCUUACAACAUUGAAGAAAGUCGAGGCCGACCUUGGCCCUCCAGAGGUGGUCUUCUUCAAUGCCGCAAACGUACAGCCAUCCAAGAUUGGAGAGACCACUCCAGAGUAUCUGCUUGAGGACUUCAAGACCGUGAACAUUGGACUCUAUACUGCAGCAUCAUGGGCGAUCCCACACUUGACCGCGAGGGCCAGAAAGCCAGCCGCCCAUCCGUCCUUUUUCUUCAGCAACAGUGGCAUUUACCACCAUCCAAUCGCAGACUUCUUCUCGCUGUCCAUGCAGAAGGCGGCACAAUUCAAUCUUGCGGGUAGCUUGAAGCAGGUACUGGCGCCAGAGGGCGUCCAUGUCGCCUCCGUGGACAUCGGAGGUAUCGUCAAGGACGAGGAUCCUGUGCUCAAUCCUAGAAACAUCGCGGAGCAGUUUUGGAAGUUGUACCAGCAGGAGAAAAACCAGUGGAUGUUCGACGUCAAGCUGGGCGAUAUUGAGGAGUUCAUCAAGCGAAUGUCGGGACAGUAG